GCGAAAUUUAUAUUCGAGUUUUUUACACAAGGUGAGCGUGCACGCGCGCGAGAGCCGUUAAAUCUGCGUGUUGCGUGCAUUGCUCGAGCUGUCGUUGUCAGCUGUCGCAAUAAAACAAGAAACAUUAAAGAUUGUCUGUAGUUCGCUACAUUACCAAGAUGUCUGAAGAUAUUUCGAGUGCGCAGUUAUGUGAGGACUUGGGUCGUGAGAGUUUACAACUGAACCAACAUUUGGAGAAGAUGACUGAACAAAUGGAAAAUAUUUCAGUGAAUUUGUCUUGGAUGGCCUAUGAUAUGGUUGUACUCCGCACCAGUCCAGAUCUGGCUGAAUCCCUGAAGAGUCUGGAGAAAGGGUUUCUUAAGUGCAAAGACGUCAUCUGUUGUCCCACAGAUGGACAAGCUAAAAAAUGCCAUCCUGAUGCUCAAGAACAUACUAUCCCCCAAGAAUAGAUUAAAGUUUCAGUUUAGAACAGAGACCUUUAAUGUUGUUAAUAUUGAUAUGUGGUUAGAUUAGCCAGGGUUAUUCGAUGUUGGCAUAUAUAUUUGUGAUUAUAUAUAUAUAUUUUUUUUUUGCACUCACAAAUUAAUAAAAAUAUCAACAAAUCAAA